AUGGAAAACUUGGAGUCUACCAGUGGGAUGAUAAAGGCAGUCAAGCUGGCGACCAAGCAAGAGCUGGUAGAUGACCUGGCCGAUAUAGAAGAGGCUCUGGAGCUAGCCGCAUGUUUCCCUGUCAUAACACAUGUGGACCCCGCUGUGGAACAAGCCAAGGUUCAGGCUGUUUUGGAUGCCAAGGUGGCUGGAGCCAUGACAGCAGGCUGUGGCACUGAGUAUGCCCUGGGUCUGCCCAAGCUCUUGGCCAAGUAUGUGGACGUGUUUCGACUUACGUUUGGCAACGAUCCACCAGUGGACAUGCCCCCUAAAGGUGCACCUCACCAAGUUCACCAAGCCAGUUCGCUUCAAGAUAGAGGCUACUCUCUCCAUCAACGCGAGUUCAUGCAGAAGCAUGUGGAAAAGCUGGAGAAAGCUGGUUUCAUCUAUCGAAUCCCUACAAGCCGAUGGCCGUGUGCACCUUUGAUCGUACGCAAGCCCCAUACCAAGGAUGAGUUCUGUAUGACAGUGGACCUGUGCCCUGCCAACAUCCAGACGGAGCAGAUCGCUUGA